UUUGAUAAAUUAUUUAUUAAAAUGGAUGAAAUUAAACUAACUGAUGAUGUAUUUGAACAAAUAAAAGAGUUCAAUCGUUAUGAUUUGACUGAAAAACAAAAAUCGUUAAUUGAUAAACUAAUAACAAAUGAAGAAUUAAAAGAACGUUAUAAAAAAAAUGGUUUAUGUAAAAAUUGUAAGCAGCCUAAAACUACUUAUAGUUAUUGUCAGUCAUGUAAAUCACAAUAUUUUAAACAAAAUUUCAAAAAUUGGACAAGUGGAAAUCAUGACGUUGAUGAAUUUAUUCAAAAAGUACAAUUAAAUGCUAAAAAUGAAAACCAAAUCAUAGAGUGGAUUGAAUAUGAUAAAUUUGAAGAUGUUGAAUAUUUAGCAAAAGGGGGAUUUGGAACUACCUUUAAAGCAGUUUGGAAAGAUGGUCCUUGGAAAAUUAAUUAUGGCAAUGAACAAUUGGAAAGAGAUGGUGAAACAAAAGUCGCUUUAAAGUGCUUACAUAAUUCCCAAGAUAUUACAGCAGAUUUUUUAAAAGAAGUUGAAUCAAAUAUUUUAGCUAUUGAAUCAUAUUAUAGUCGUUAUGUAGUACGUUGUUUUGGUAUUACCAAAGAUCCAAAAACAAAUAAUUUUAUGAUGGUGAUGGAUUUAAAAGAGGGUAACUUAAGACAACAUUUAAAUAACAACUUCAUUUCACUGAAUUGGGAGCGAAAGUUGUGGAGUUUAUAUAGUAUUGCAUCUGGUCUUAAAGAUAUUCAUAAUCAAGGAUUAAUUCAUCAUGAUUUUCAUUGUGGGAAUAUAUUAAGCGAUUUUGGUAAUGCUUGUAUUACUGAUUUGGGAUUAUGCCAACCAGCAAAUGUCAAACCCUCUCAAAAUAGCAAUAAAAAAAUAUAUGGAGUAUUACCUUAUGUAGCUCCAGAAGUUUUAAGAGGAAACGAAUAUACUCAAAAAAGUGAUAUUUAUGGAUAUGGGAUCAUUGCAUAUGAAAUUUGUACAG